AUGGCGCCGCUGGUUCUGCACAAUGUUCCGGACGACGAGCUAUACACGGGAAAGGACGGGGUGACGAGGCCGUUUGCCGUGGUCGGGGCCACAGACGAACGUCGAUCCGCGCGGCUGCGGCGACAAGGGCAGACGAACCACGGCGCGUUUGGGCGGACGCGAACGCGGCCCCAAGCGGGUUCGGGGCCGUCGAGUGGACGACGGCCACAGCCGGCAGCCAAGGCGAUGACGACGACGACGACGGCAGCAGACGAGGUGUUUAGCGGGUGGAAGCGGCACCAGGAGAUGGAGGUGCAGCAGCAGCAUCAGCAUCAGCAGAACCAGCAGCACCACCACCACGGGGAGCUAGAGGCGCCGAGCGGUCUAGGCGCACGAAAGGCGAGCAGCAGCAGUCUCGGGGCUGACGAGGACGAGUCGGACGCGAUGGCGGUAGCGACGACGACGACGAUAGCAGCCGGCAAGACGCAGCACCGCGCGAACCAGCCGACAGAGGUGAUUCUGCGCGGUUACCGCGGCCCCGAGUACCAGUACGCGGCCGUGGACCGAUACGAGCAGAUUGCCGGGCGGAUCUGCGAGGACUACCCACGCGAUCCGCCGGUGGGCAGCAGCCGGCGUGGCUUCCGAGGCGGCGGAGGACUGCGACAGGCGGCAGCGCGUGCGGCGGCCACGGUGGCGUCCAACGGGACGGCGGCCCUGACGACGGCCGAGCGACAGGCCGUGAUGCAGCGGGUCGCCAGCGGACGGCACUGGGUCAAGGUGACGUUUGAGUCGGCUGCCGCAGCUGAGGCCGCCUUGUAUGCCUCGCCCCAGAGCGUGCUCGGCUACCUCGUGUCGGCUGAGCUGUUCUGCGGCCUCGUCUUGGCCCCGGCUGACGACGUCGCCGUGCCUGAUCCUGACGCUCUCGUCGACGGCGCCCGCGCCUAUCGCGCCCAUGCCGACCACGACCGCGGCGAGCACUUUUCCUUUCCCCCACCCGUCUCGCUCUCUGGCUCCUCCCACACUGUCGAGUCCGGCACCGUCACCAACGACGACGGCCGCGACCUCUCCACAACCUCGUCUUCAACCGCUCGACGGGCUGCUGCGCCGUCCAGCACGGCUAGCGGCAGCAUCGCCAACGACUUUCCCGGCAGUUGGGUCGGCCAGGCCGAGCUCGUCAACUCGGACAAGGACCUGGACAGGAACAAGGACAGCAGCAAGGACACGAACAACAGCCCUCCUCCUCCCGAGAGCGAGUUCUGUCGCCGCAUUCCCACCGCCCGACGCGCCAUGCUCAAGGCCCCUGAACAGGCUCUGCUGCCGCGCGAGUCGGCUAUGCGCUCGCUCUUCAAACAGGUCCCGUUGUUGCAUCGGCUGACUGGAACCAUCAUCGGCAACCAGGUCCCGCGUCGCGAGGACGGCGUGUUCGACUGGGACAAGGCUAGCCUGUACUGGAAGCUUAUGUGGUUCCUCGACUACCUCUUCGGCCUCUUUGGCGGCGAGAUCCUGGACGCGAACAAGGAGGAUUGA